AUGUCCAAGCAAGAGAGCAAUGCCGCCAAGAGCGCAGCCCCGGAUGAUGAUGAACCUGAUGAAUGGGACAAGCGCAUCUUCAGCACAGGCUGUGCGGGUGGGUUGUCUCGAGACCUUGGCGCGCCUCACCCGCUGACCGUAGCAGACGAGAACAUGAAACUGACGGAUUGCUAUUUCGAGAAGAAGGAUUGGAGGAAGUGUACAGAAGAGGUACGUUUUUCUUUGACUUGCCGGGAGAAGGCCGACGGUGGGCUGACACGAGUAGAUGGCCACAUUCAAGAAAUGCUGGAAGCUGCAAGGCAACGACCAACGGACGAGCUCAAAGGAUGCUUGAGGCGAGCGCAGAGGUCUCUGCAGAGUACGAUUGUGUAG